GAAGAUGGGAAAAACGAACAAGAUAUAAUAAUAAAAAUUCUACUUACCAACGUGCUAAUGCAAUUCCUGUCUUCACAGGGCACACCUAUUCUAAUGCGCGUGGCUAUCAUGCACAAUAUGAUCCAUACAAAACUGAUGAUGACUAUGCAUCAGACUGCUUCGCGUUUGACGAAACUGAUCGACAACAGGCUGUUUAAUAUGUGUGAAAAUCUAAAACUGUUGUUGUUUCUCAUUUUAUUUUCUGCUUUAUUCAAUAAACAGACCAUAGCUUUUAACAAUCAAGGUAAUAGUGAGUUAAGACUAGCACAAUGGAAUUGCCGAGGUUUCAAUGUAUCUACUCUAUAUAUUAAACAUUUAUUGUCACAUUGCGAUAUCUUGGCUCUCUCAGAGCACAAACUCUAUCCCUGUAACAGAUUCAAGCUUGACUCCGUGCACUCGGACUUUCGGUGUUACAGCACAAGUAGCAAGAAUCUAAACGAUUUUAACUGUGGUAAAAUAUGGGGAAAUGGUGGUGUUGCUAUUUUCUGGCGUGAUUCGUUGAGCAAUUAUGUUAUUCCUGUUAAAGAUAUGUCAACAGACAGGAUCGUUUGUCUAAAGGUAUCAAUAGUGCAAACUGCGCCUAUUUAUAUAUUUUCUGUUUACUUACCUCAACAAAAUUGUGAAAUUGACAUGUACGACGAUGUUUUAUUCUCACUCGAACACUUUGUGCAAAAGGCUAGCAUGGAUGGCAGUGUUAUAAUUCUUGGCGAUGUAAACAGUAAUUUGGGUACGCUUACGGGUUGUAGGGGUCAUGGUAAUCCCUCAUCUAAUGGUAUCAAAUUGUAUGAUUUUAUGCAACGAAAUCUUCUAACCGCAAUUGAUAUGACAGACUUAGCGUGUGGUCUAAGACAUACAUUUGAAAUGACUCGAAACAAUGCUCUUCAUGUUAGCUAUAUUGAUCAUGUCAUUUUGUCUUACACUUUACGUGAAUGUGUUUUAUCGUGUACAGUCCUGGAAGAUGAGCCUGACAAUACAUCAGAUCAUCUUCCAAUUCAAACUAUAUUAAAUUUAAAUGCUCAAAUAGAACGUUGCCCAGAUAUUGAAGCCCCAAAAGGAUUUGCUUGGAACAAACUCAACUGUAAUGAAAUAAAGGACUCGUACACUAAUUCGGUUACAUUGAAAUGUAACGAUAUUUUACUUGAACUGCGUUCUAUCUUGUCCAGUCGGACACUAAACGCAGCAGAAAUUGAUCAUUUCAUCAAUAGAAUAGUAGAGAGUUUAAUUUUAUCAUCAAAUGCUCAUAUACCAAAGAGGAAAUUCCUGAAAUAUGUUAAGCCCUUUUGGAACUCAACUUUGACGUCAUUAGCUAAAGAUAAAAAGGCAAAGUGGCAUAAAUGGGUGUCUCAGGGUAGAUCACGUGACCCUUCAAAUGAUGUUAGAAAACAAUAUAAAGAGUCAAAGAAAAUGUUUUCAAAAACCUAUCAAGCUGCACAACUUGAGUAUGAAAGAGAGGAAUUAGAAAAAUUGUAUACAUCAGAACAAUCAGAUCAACGCUUUUACUGGUAUCUGGUCAAUAAACACAGAAGAUCAUCAAAGA